GAGGGGGGCAGCAACGUGCACAAAGAUGAAUUGUCAACAUAAUUUCACCAGACGAAGAAUAUCGCCUGUCAAACGUUUGUUGCUAACUGACAUUAAAGUAACGCUCACGUUAAAUGUUAGUAUUCCUGCGGACCAUUAGACAGUGACAACCAUGGAGCUGGUAUGGGAGGACCCUCCAGUUCCUGAUGCUCCAUUUUUUACUAAAGAUCUUUACGACAAAUAUUCCCUUGCACCUAAUAUCAGAGAACUCUGGGCCUUUCUCCAAAGUCCCGUGGAGAAUGCCAACAUAAAACAAGGGUGUGAUGUUGUGGCUGCAAAAGCCUCCUGCUCUCCUUCCACAGAAGACGCUGCAGAGUUUAAAGACAACAGUUGCAUCAGCAAGGAAGAGUCCUGUUGGGACAGCUGUGAUAGCGAUGAUCCAUAUGCAGACAAUGCUGCGGAAGGUGCAGAAGAAUGCAAGGAUACCAAAAAAUCAAAAGUGAAACUCAAGCAGAUUGAGAAUGGGGCCGGCGCUGCUUACCCUGAACCUAGACUGCCCUUCCCUUGUAUGUCCACCCUGUCCAGCAAAGACCAGAACACAUAUCUUGGCUUUUUGAUGAGUAAGAAAACCAGGGAUCCUCCACAGACCUUAAAGGCACGAGUAAACAUGGAAGUGAUGCAGUUUAUGAAGUACCUGCAAGAUGUGGCCAAAAUGUGUGCUGAAGACUACAACUUCAUAUCACAGGGAGCUAUGCAAUAUUCAGAGGAUUUUUUCAGGGGCUGUUUGGAGUGCAUUAAGACAUAUCCUCAAUUCUACCAAAUCCAAGAGAUGACUAGUUUGACAGGGGGAACAUUCAACCCAGGGCUGACACUCACCUUUGAAAAACAGCUGCUAAUCAUGGGCAAUGUGGAUAUUACAGACCACAAGAUAGUGCCUACUGAUGCACAGCUUGCAUCGGAUUAUCAAAGUGUUUCAUCAGAGAAUCCUCCAGCUAGAAAAGCCAAGGACAUGCACGCUACAGUCAGCAGUGAUGUUAAUGCAGAGAAAUUGUGUGCCCGUUACGAGCCUCACGUGUGUCUGACUCGCGAUGCCUUGUUCAAGCUGCUGGACAACCACGGCCCUGACUUUGGGGAGCCAUGGGAACUGCCUGUUUGGAUAAAAUUAAAUCCAGGAAAAGGCAGUAGUCAGAAGAAGACUGUAUACAUAGAUUCACCCCUUCUGAAGACUGAAAUUACAGUGAGGGAGAGGAGUCGCUUCUACCAUGAGGAGAGUUUGAAGCUCUCCAUCAAGAAGAAUGGAAGUAAAAAUGUGUUCCAUUUAAUGACAGAGCUUCCUGUGAAUGAGCAGCAACUCUCUCCGGAGAACUCACAAAGAAAUUUAGUGUCUUUUGAAAACAGUGGUCUUGACUUUGAGAUGGACCUUACUGACCUGGAGACAUUUGGAGAGACAACACCCAUUAAAGCUUCCAAGAUAACGAAAAUACAGAAUGAGCAGGAUGCAUGUGUUAAACGUAAAAAAGCUACAAGUGCCCCGCCUUUAAUUAAGUCUGGUGAGCAACUUGCAAACCGUAGCAGCAGUUCACUAGAAGAGAUGAAUAUCUCAGUGACAGUUAUGGAUGAUCCCAUGACAAAGGAGACAGCUCAGCCAGAUCUCAGUGAGUCCAGUGUGCCAAAGACUGAACAGCUGAGGCAGGACUCUGCAGAGGAAAGUGACGAAGACCUAGCUUUUACAGGAGAUUCUGAUGAUCAGAAGCUGGUCAUUGACGUGUCUCCAGCUGGAACACCUAAAACACAACGCAAGCCAAAGACCACACCAUGCUCUCCUGACCCCCCUUUUACCCCAGUCUCUGACACGGUCUCUGUAAACUCAGAGUCAUCUUCCCCUCAAAAGGUUAAAAGGCGGACGCGACAAUCCAAAAAAUCAAUGGCUGGCGACCAACUUGGAGAGAUCCUGCGCAUGCAGACAGCAAUGUUCAACUCUGCCAGUGACACAGGUAAAUGCUCCACCAUAUCCCAGGAGACCAACUCACCCACCCGAUGCAUGGGACCUUCAGUUAACUCCCAUCCAACGUCUUUGGUUAAGCCCUGUGUGUCUUCAUAUUUGGAGAGAAACCAGAACCAGGGCAGAGAAAGCUGCACGGCUCCCCACAAAUUUGCACCAGUGGUCAACAUCAACACUACAGAGCACAAAAAAAUACUGUCACAAGACCUGCAGGCUGGUGCAGAAGAUGAACAAGAUUACAAGGCUCCAGAGGAUGGCAGCCUAAUCUACAAGCUCUACAGUCUGCAAGAUUUGCUGGUCAUGGUGCGCAGCUCUCUCUCACUGACCCACUCGAGGAAAGUGGGCCGCAGCCAGAACCAGUAUGUGCCAGUCAAUGUCUUGCCCAAGCUGGAGUACCAGCUGAGUUAUGGUGUUGAGUGUGUAACCAGCAGUGAGGCUUGCCAGCUGUGGACAGAGACAUUGCUCCACUCCAGCACAGUUUCAUACAUAGCUCACAUCAAUGCACACACAUCAAAAGUAGCUCUGCUGAGAAAGCUGCCUGACAACUGGAAACAGAACCUCUCCUGUGGGUUCAAGCCAUCCAAGUCACUGAAUAUACUGCACCACCUACUGAAAAAGCUAACCGGGUUAGACGAAGGACAGUACCUGAUUGCGCACAAAGCAGGGGAACCAUUUGUGACCUUACUAAAAGCAGCCACUGGGAAAGUGAGUCGGGGGGCAUACAAUCUGCAGCACCUCCACAGCUCUGUCCCACAGCCCCCGGCCUCUGGCCUCCUGCCCUGGAUACCUGUUGAUCCAGCUGUGGUCCUACCCUUCCACCAAGCACAUGGCCGUGUCCCCUGCACCUUCCCGCCAAAACCCUUCCUAAAGACAGCAACAGAUGGGUCAUUGCAGUCCAACAACCGUGGAGCCGGACAGUCAAAGAACAAGAUGAAUACAGGAGGCAACAUGAAGAACAAACAAACGAAACGUGCGGCAAAGCGUAACAAGUAUAUUAAAAAGCAAAUUCAGAAGUCCAUUUAAAAAAAAAAAAAUUCCCUUAUCAUAGGAUUUAAUAUCAUGUCAUUCAUAUAAUUUCAUAUCAUAGGUUAGGCAAAUCAGCAGAGGAGCUGGAAGGGAAAGGAAAGGAAAGGAAUCCACUGACAAUGUCUUCAAAUUUCAUUCUGGAAAUACAUUGUGACCUUAAAUAUAGAUGUGAAUGCUGAAGCACUUUCUACAGUAUAGAAUAUAUACUUUUAUAUUUUGAUAUUGUUCAGAGACAUUUUGUUUUGUAUAUUUUGUCAGUUAUAAUGUUUUGUAAAAACAGAGCAACAAUAAACUUUGUC